CUCGAAAUCGAUUGUUUCGCUUUAAAAAUUAAGGUGCGUUUUGGUCAGAUAGUUUAGUUGUGCAUACUGACGACUCAGAUCGCUUAAAGAAUCAGGACAAUAAGCACCAGACUUCACGUUCUGGUGUAAGCGGUUGGGAAGGUUGAGUUGCAUGACUUAUCAUGUUGGUGGAUUGAGUAUAUUGAAUUUUUUUAAACCCGCUCAUCAACCUUGUGCACAUUCAUGCAGUAGACAAUGGGCAGCAACUGUGUCGGGGCUAAUGAUACUACCUGAAUGCUCAAACCUCGGUAGAUGGAGCGGUGAUCAAACCCGUGACCCAGUGGCUAAAAGUCAACUACCCAAACCAAUGAGCGACAGCUUCACAACAGAGCGUACGAGACUGGGCAAAUAUAUUCGAGACCAAUCACCUGCCAUGUCAGCGUUAAGACUGAAUCGGCAGUAUCAUGCGCUUAAGAAAAUGGCAAUCAGGCAGUUAUAACAACCACAAAGCUGUAUAGUUAGACAGAGUAGUUAUUAA